GAGGGCGCCCCUCAGCCUCGCGCGACGUCGGCGCAACCUCGCCGGGCCGCCGGGCCCAGAGGCACGCGGCUCCAGUUCCCGGGGGAAGGCCGAGCCCGGCGGACCCUGUCUCCGGGAAGUGACGCCACGGGGGCGAGCGGCGCCGGGGCCGGGGCUGACCGGAGCGGGCCGCUCGCGGCAUGGCGGAAGCGGAAGGGAGCCUGCCUCUCCUGUUGCCGUCGCCGCCACCCCCGCACGGGAUGGCGGAAGUGGAGGCGCCGACGGCGGCCCAGACGGACAAGAAGCAGGGUGGCGCAGCCAUGGACGUGGAGCGGAGCCGUUUCCCCUACUGUGUGGUGUGGACGCCCAUCCCGGUGCUCACGUGGUUUUUUCCCAUCAUCGGCCACAUGGGCAUCUGCACAUCCACAGGCGUCAUUCGAGACUUCGCAGGCCCCUACUUUGUCUCGGAAGACAACAUGGCCUUUGGGAAGCCUGCCAAAUACUGGAAGCUGGACCCUGCUCAGGUGUACGCCAGCGGGCCCAAUGCUUGGGACACGGCCGUUCACGACGCCUCUGAGGAGUACAAGCACCGCAUGCACAGCCUCUGCUGUGACAACUGCCACUCACACGUGGCGUUGGCCCUGAACCUGAUGCGCUACAGCAACAGCACCAACUGGAACAUGGUGACGCUCUGCUUCUUCUGCCUGCUCUAUGGAAAGUAUGUCAGCGUCGGCGCCUUCGUGAAGACCUGGCUGCCGUUCGUCCUCCUCCUGGGCGUCAUCCUCACCGUCAGCCUGGUCUUUAACCUGCGGUGAUAGCAGCCCAGCCCCAAACACACCAGCCUCCGAGGAGGCAGCCGCCAUCUCUUUGGUUCCAGGUUUUUGUCUCCUCACCACGAAGGCAGGGAUGGACCUGCCGGUUCUGACCCAGAGGCUGUGGCCAGUGGGUUAGAGUGAGAACUGAGGAUGAGCGUGAGGAGGGUUGUUUGCUCACUGUACCUCCGCUUGCUCAGAACUCCUCGCCCCUCCUUCCUGUGUUGUGACCCCCGUCCUUGAGCCACCCACUGUCCAGCUCCAGGAGAGCCUUGGCGCCCUUCGGAGCUGCUGCCACUGCCACCGGCGCUCCUUCGGCCUUGGCCUGUGCCUGGUGGGGAGAGAAGGAUGCGUAGACCCCAGAAAGGGCCCGGCCGCAUGCGGAGCCCCUCCUGCUGUGGGCUCGGCCCGGGUGGGGGGUCCGCAGGAGUCUCUGUGAGCCCACCAGCCUGUACAAGGGUCCAGUGGGGCUGGAGGCCUCCCCUUCAGAUGUUUGCCAGGCACUGCACUGGGGUAAUCUGUGCCCCGUCUCCCUGGUGUCCUCCAGCCCAGCCUGGGUCUUCCCAUUCUCCCAGAGCCCAUGUCCCACCUGCAGUUUGGGGUCUUGCUCCGCUAGUCAGGCUGGAGAGAUGAGGGGUGCUGAUGUGCAGAGUGGCCCCUCAACCAGAGCCCCGCAAACAGCUUGGCCCAGCCCUGGUGUGGGCCUUUCCCUGGUGAUGGCACCCCCGGGGUUCAGGAUGGGGGACUGUCAGCCGGGCCCCACCAGGGAGCCAGAGGGAGCUGCUCCCUCUCUUCCCUCACUCCCCCUUUCUCCAAGCUCUGGAGGCCUGGCAGCCUUCCCUGCGCCCCACAUCCUUUGUGCAGGCACCAGGGAAGGACAAUAAAGAGUCCUAAGUCCUGA